AUGAGUUAUUUCCAGAAAGAGAAGACGACGCUAGCGCGUUUGCAAACUGGAAGCGGCGAACCGGCCGGUGCGAAUGCUGACAGUGGCGGCAAUCCGUGUACCACGCCGUGUGCUGUUACGGUUACGCAUGGACCGGAAGGGGACAUGUCUACAGAAAUCGGCGCUGCCCCCAGAACCACCACGGAUGUUGCCGAUGUGGAUCGGCGUGAUUCUGCAAACGAGGGCAACAUGGUGGCCUCUACGGCAAGCGCGGGGGAAACUGAACCAGCUGAUUCAUUAAAACCGGUUUCUGGCAGCAGCGAUGGCGUUCCAGACACACCGACCGCCCCAUCCAAGAUUGAGGCCUCCACUGUGUGUUUUGUUCCGUAUGCCAGUAACGUGCCUGACAUUCAACAUCGCCCUAAUACACUAUAUCAAAAUCCGAUACAAAACUACAGCAAUCCAAAUACGAUGUACACACAGACUGUCCUGAGCUCUGACCAAAACACGCACAACGACAAGGCGAUGCCAAACGUUCGUAUCCACAACCCUCAUCCGGAGAGCCUAGGAACAUCAGAGCCAAAUGUAAUUAUCGAGACUUCGCUAGUAGAUGAUGGAGAUCUGGCGACUGCAGCAAGGGGAGAAGAAAAUCUACGAGACGGUGCGACGAAAGACAUUGCAGCUGGAAAUGAGGAAACAGACUCCAGGCAAGCCGACACUGAAGACAGCUUCCGUAUCGAGCCUUAUGCCGUUCGAUAUCAGGAUAACGAUGAUGAUAUGACCACAAGAAGUAAUGCUGCAGGUCGUAUCGCUCCAGAUGACGUCAAUAUUCAACCAUACGCCGUUGCGUACAUAGGUCAGGAUGACAGGACAAGUUCGGAAGAAACUCAGGCAAGGCUUCCUUCUCAUAGGGGAGCAACGGCUUUAGACAUAGACAAUGACGAAUCGAAGAUGUCAUCACGAUGUAACUCAUUAAGGAAUGAUGCUGACGCUUCAGCCGUUGUUGCGCCAAAUAACCUCAUCAAAAAUCCUAUAUACGUGCCACAACAAGAGGAUUCUGUCCUCGGUGGAAUAUUCUUCUUCCUGUUUUUCAAGGGGGUACCCGCCUUCAACUCCACCAUGCAGGAAACUACAAAGGUACCGCCGGGCAGUAUCCCUAUGGUAACAGCAUCUACAUCACCAUUAGUCCCAACCAGCUCACUAGAAACCCGUGGAAGAGUGGGAAAGAUCGUCUUUGGUGGACAUGGGAAAGAUCCUGGCAAAUUUGACGAAAGCCUUGGAGUGGCCAUCUCGGCUGAUGAGGAGAUAUUUGUGACUGAUGUCUUCAACAAACGGAUACAAGUGUACAACAUGGGCGGAAUACACCUCCGUCUCUUCCCAACGGUAGUGCCGGGUGAAAACGAAACAAUGCACCCUUUCGAUGUCGCAAUUUCCUCAGACGAACAUCUUUGGGUGGCGUUGAAGAAAGAUUUGUACAAACGGGAUGUGUAUGUAGUGCAGUACAGAAAGGACGGUCAUCCUCUGAGUAAAUUCGACUUACAAAUGUCAACUACGUACUACCCAAGUAUUGCAGUGGACGCGACCAAUAACAAAAUCAUCGUGGCUGGUUCGAGCCAACUUUGCGUCUUUCAUCCAAACGGCUCCUUCCAUCAGAGCUUUGGGGCGGAAGGCCUGCUGAUUUCAUCCGUCACCGUGGACAACGAAGGGCACAUUCUUGUGACGCAAACAGCCGCAGCAAAAUACCGCCAGUAUUCUGAAGCUGCUUCGUCCUACGGUGUUCACGUGUACGAUCACCGAGGGCGAUGGUUGUACGAAUUCUUCGCGCUAAGAGGAGAAUACCGUCGGCACUUUCCCCGGGGUAUCUGUGUGGACGGCUCCGGUCAUAUCUUCGUGGCUGACACCGGGACGGGAAGCGUGGCCAUGUUCACAAGCCUUGGGAAGUUUGUACGCACCGUCGUUCGCGUUGCACGACCGCGGGGCAUUGCUUUGGGACCGGGUGGGCAGUUGGUGGUGACCAACCCACAGGCAGGCACUGUAACCAUCUUUCCGAGGCAAAUGGUAGCCUCCACCAGGUCUUCUUAA